GCGACAUUUGAAAAAAAUCCUUCAACAUGUCGAAUGUGUUAAACACUUGUUUAAUCCUUCCUUUCAUUGUUUUAUUAAUCUCCUCCGAGAUCCGAUGUAAACAAACGAACCAGGGGACAGAGCCGCCUUUUAGAACUGCAAGGGCCACAAAUGCUUUAUCGACACAAGAUGAUUGUAGACGUCCCUGUACUACACAAUGGCGUUAUUGUUACUAUCACUUCAAAUUGGAAUAUUUUACAACCAUGUCGAGUCCUUGCAACGUCUGUAGAACGGACAAUAAUGAAAGAUGGAGAAAUCAAUCGGCUUGUGAGUGUAUCCAGGGAGAUGGCUUUGAAAAAACUAUUUUUUCAAUCAAUCGUCAAUUUCCUGGUCCAAAUAUACAGGUCUGUCAAUACGAUAAACUUAUAAUCGACGUAGAAAAUGCAGCAGAAGGUACAGAUACAACAAUCCAUUGGCACGGAGUUUUCCAAAAGAAUUAUCAAUAUUAUGACGGUGUACCUCACGUAACUCAAUGCCCAAUUUCAGCACCUAAUACAUUUAGAUACCAAUUUAGUGUGGACAAUGCUGGAACACAUUUUUAUCAUUCUCACUCAGCGUUAUAUAUGAUGGAUGGACAACAAGGACCUCUGAUAGUACGUUCGCCGAAGAGUCAGGAUCCUAAUAGAAAUUUAUACGAUGAUGAUUUAUAUGAUCACGUAAUUUUCUUAAGCGAUUGGAUGCACUCAUUAGCAAUAAAACAUUUGCCUGGAACAUUUGCUAAUAAUCCUGGUCAAACUCCUGAUAAUUUUCUUAUUAAUGGUCUGGGACGACAGUUCACGGGUCCAAAUACAAAUCAAAGCAAUGAUAUACAAAUUGCAUACUUUUACGUAGUUAAAGGUAGAAGAUACAGGUUCCGAAUGAUCAAUUCAUUCGGCACAGUAUGUCCGGCAGAAUUCUCUAUCCAGGGUCACAAAUUAACUGUAAUUGCAUCCGAUGGUGAAGAUUUACAGCCAGUGGUAGUGGAUAAAAUUAUAAGCCUUACAGGUGAACGUUAUGAUUUUGUUUUGAACGCUAAUCAAAAUAGCGGUUCAUAUUGGAUUCAACUGCGAGGUCUAGAUGAAUGUGGCCCCAAAAAAAUUAUCCAAUUAGCUGUACUCGUUUAUGGUAACAAAAUGGCUCUACCCCAAACAGCUACACCUACUUAUGAUAAUCCUGUAACCAGUAAUACUGACAUUGAAUUGAAUUCGUUAACUGCCAGAGAUUGUGAUAGUCCAACAUUGACAAAUCGUAUUUGUAUAAAUCAAUUAAAGUACGCGAAAAACACACCCCAAGUCGAACGAAGAUUAUAUCCUAAUGUCCGUUUAUACAUGCCUUUCGAUUUCUUUUUCUACAACAGCACAAUAUUUAGUCGAAACUCUCAAGAUAGGUUUUUUAUUGCCAUCGAUCGGUCUGUACUAACAAGUUUAGUUAGCAAUAUCAGUUAUACUGAAGCAGAGUCACCACCAAUAUCGCAAUAUUCAGCUUACCAACAGCUUUGUGGUGUUGAUCAAAUUUCUACUUGUACGAGACCGUGCUUCUGCACGCAUGUUGUCAAUAUUCCCUACAAAUCAUUAAUUGAAAUUUUGUUAUGCGAUGAAAAUGCGAGUGUAGAUUUACAUCAUCCCUUCCAUCUACACGGUUACAGUUACCAAGUGAUGGCGAUAAAAGGCUUUAAUGAUACUAAACCCACUCCGCAACAGCGAAGACAAUUCCUUCAAGAAUACGACGAAGGUCUUAGAAAUGGUAGAUAUAAUCAACAACCAAGAAAAGAUACCAUUAAAGUACCGGUUGGAGGUUGCGCGAUUUUACGUUUCUAUACGGAUAAUCCAGGAUGGUGGCUAUUUCAUUGUCAUUUCUUAUGGCAUACGAUAUCAGGUAUGGACGUAGUUAUUCACGUAGGUGAGGAAUCGGAUAUGCCACCGGUACCAAACGGUUUCCCGGUUUGUGGCAAUUACAAACCGGACGUAUAUAUUUAAAUAAAUAAUCCAAGAUUGCUAUAAGAAAGCCAAUUCAUACCAGGCGAUCCAAUUUUUGAUUAUUCAUAAGAAAAUAUGAUUUUAUUUUUAUCGUUGUUACUUUGUUAAUUGUUGUUUAUAUAAACAACUUGAUAUUACUUCUUAUAUAAUUAUAUUGUUAUUGUUAUAAUAUAUUUAUUGUUAAUUUGUGUGCAUUUAUACAUACUUAUUAUAUUGUUGUUUAAUGACAUCUUCUCUUUUGCUUAUAGUCGACAAAAAAGAAAAAAAAAGAAAAACAAUUUGGUCGAUUACAAAAGAUAAGAUAAAAUUAAUUAGAGUUGUUCAUCGGGAUGAUUAGUUUUGUUGUUUUAUGAGGUAUUUCUUUAUUUAACAAUCGGAAUAUUACAAUAUAAAUUAAAUAUGAUUGAUAAAAGAUACGCGUCUUUUUUUUUUUUUUUAUGUCUUCUCCUUCUUCUUCGUUUGCUUUUCUUUCUCCUUUUUUUUUUUUUUUUCUUAUCAUUUUCUGUCGUCAAACUUUCGUGAGAUAUGAAUGAAGAGUAACACGUCUCGUCGCUGCAAAACGUUUUACGAACGAAUAUAUUUAUGUUAUUUUAAAUACAUCCUGUCGAAUAGUUGUCAAUAGAGCCGUAUAAAGUAGUAGUAGUAGCAGUAAUAGUAAUAGUAGAGUAGUAAUAGUAAUAGUAGUUAAUAGUCAUAGUUAAAGGAUUCGUCGAGACGUGACUCGUUCGUUGAAAUUAAUGAUAAGCGCCGAAAAAA